GGUACACUCACUCAGCUGAUGUUGCUGACGAGCUGGCACUGUUUUUGACUUUUUUUUUAGUCCAGUAAUGUGGUGAACAAACCUUUUAAACAACCCAGAAUGGAGCGGUACGGAUCGGAGGGAGAGGGGGACGAGCAAGAGACCCCGUUGCUCCAUGGAGACAAAGAAAAACGAGUCCAAAGAGCCCCGGUGUGCUGUUCUGCCCGCUAUGGUCUGGCAUUGCUUUCUUCGUACGGCUUUUUUGUGGUUUACUCUUUACGCGUGAACCUCAGCGUGGCCAUGGUGGAUAUGAUCAAUAACACCAACCACCACGCCAAUACUAACUCCUCGUCCGUGUGCCCCGCGCAUUUUGACCCUCCACGACCCAAACGCAAUCACACGGCCAGUGUUUAUAAUUGGGACUCUGAAACUCAGGGUUGGAUCCUUGGCUCCUUCUUUUAUGGUUACAUCCUGACACAGGUCCCAGGAGGAUAUCUGGCAGGACGCCUCGGACCCAAGUGGCUCUUUGGCCUUGGCGUUUUAGGAACUGUCCUCUUUACAUUGCUCACACCUGUAGCUGCUGACUGGGGAGCUGGCUACCUCAUUGCUGUGAGAGCAUUAGAGGGAGUAGGAGAGGGAGUAACUUUUCCUGCAAUGUACACUAUGUGGGCAGCAUGGGCCCCACCUUUGGAGAGAAGUCGACUGCUUACUAUUUCAUAUAUAGGAGCCCAACUUGGAACAGUUAUAGCCCUUCCACUGUCUGGUGAAAUUUGCUUUUACUUGGAUUGGACUUAUGUCUUCUAUUUGUUUGGGGCUGUUGGACUGCUGUGGUUCGUCUUAUGGGCUUUGCUUGUUUCAAAUAGUCCAAAUGAUCAUCCAAGGAUUUCAGAGCAAGAGAGAUCAUAUAUCAUCUCCUCACUCAAGAAUGAGCUGUCUACUUCUACAGACCACAUUCCCUGGAGAUCUAUAGUGACGUCAGUGCCACUUCUGGCCAUUGUCGUGGCUCACUUUUCCUAUAACUGGACUUUUUACACUCUCCUCACACUGCUGCCAACUUACAUGAAAGAUGUUCUUGGAUUUAGUAUACAACAGAACGGUAUGCUGUCAGCCCUGCCUUACUUCGGCUGUGCCAUAUUAGCAGUGCUCAGUGGCCAGCUUGCUGAUUACCUGAGAGAAACACGCAACUGUCCAACUGUCAGGGUCCGGAAAGCUUUUUCACUUGUGGGUAUGAUUGGCCCGGCCGUUUUCUUGGUGGCAGCAGGAUAUACGGGUUGUAAUUACACAUUAGCUGUGACUUUUCUGACAAUCUCCUCUUCAUUGGGUGGAGUGUCUGCAUCUGGCUUCAACAUCAACCACCUGGACAUUGCUCCGUCGUUUGCUGGAAUUCUUCUCGGAAUCACCAACACUUUUGCCACUAUUCCUGGAAUGGUUGGACCAGUUAUAGCAAGAUCACUUACUGCAAAUAACACCAUGGAGGAAUGGCAGACUGUGUUCUACAUUGCUGCUGCCAUCAACCUUUUUGGAGCAACGUUUUACACAGCAUUUGGUCAAGGUUCUGUUCAGCCAUGGGCAGUUAAGACAACAUUUAACCACGGGGACUGAGACAGGAAAUGAGAUUUUGUUGAAAUACCAGUCUGCAUUAAUGGUAUUUUAUAUUGAGAAUAAAUGGCAGAUGAGAUCUUAAGGACUAAAAAGUUAGUAAUUGUAAAAGAGCUAGCUUAUUACCUUGCAUGGUUUCUGAGGGGUAUGUGUUGUCCUUGACUUUAUAGUAAGGAUGAAAACAUAAGCUACUUUAAAGUUGCCAUUUCUGUACGCACAAAUAUUUGAGGGAAAAGCCUUUUAAUAUCUGUUUAUUUUACGAUUAAUUGUAGUAUGUAUCUGCACUUGUCUUUCUGUCUUUUUGUCUGUUCUCAAUAGGGAAAAUAUUCUAUAUGAAUAAGAUGUCUGUUCAACACUACAAAAGGGAACCAAAUGAAAGAAGACUUAUUGAGUUGAGUCUGUGACCAAGAGCUUUCAUACAGGAUUUUGCACCCUGUUUCAUUCCUCAGGAAUCAAGAAUAUAUAUGAUUUAUUUUUCACAGUUGGCAGGAUACACAAGUUACUUUUAAUAGUAUCUUAAUAUUGUACCAAUUAGUUCCUGAUUGUAAAACCCUUUAUUCCUUAAGUCAUGGAUGGCAUUUAUAGCUUGUGCCUUGACUUUAAACUAGGUCAAACGUCUAGUUUUGUCAUUUUAUAAAAUUACUUUUUAAAUAUUUGUUUAUAUGAUUUUACUGUGAUGGUGCCUAGCAAUUUUACUUCAACUAUGUAGCCGCUGUCUUAAAGGUGAAUGAAAUGUUUAUGUAAACUA